AUGUCUUCCGUUCUGCGCACUGCUGCCCGCUCCGCUGUCCGAACCCGCCAGGGCGUCCGUGGAUACUCUCAAGCUCACGGUGGCGACUACUUUGCUCAGCGCGAAGCCGUCCGCGCCCACGCUGAUAGCACCACCCAGCUUUGGAGGCGGAUCAGCUUCUACGUCUGCUUCCCAGUCACUGCCGUGGUCAUUGCUUGGGUCCGCAACGCCGAGGCCGAACACGCUGAACACCUGGCUCACCUGAAAGAAGAGAACGGCGGUAAACUCCCAGAGGUACCUAACUACGACUACCUCAACAAGCGCGUAAAGCCCUACCCUUGGGGCAUGAACAGUCUCUUCUUCAACCCUCACGUCAACAAGGACUUGUCGGCGAGCGAAUAG